AUGAGGGUGAUGAAUGAUGGCUUUGUGUCAAUCAUGGAUGUGGGUGAUGAAUUUAGAGUCAGGAAUGUGUUCUGCACUGACGCACGAAGUCGAGUGGCAUACGAGUAUUUUGGAUAUGCGAUCACGUUCGAUAUGAUGUACCUCACAAAUAGGUGCGGGAUGCCGUUUGCUCCCUUCGUUGGUGUCAACCAUCAUGGACAAUCCAUACUAUUAGGGGCAGGUUUGAUUCCAAGCGAGGAUACAACCGCCAUAGAUAUUGUGUGGCAUAUUAUGCGGAAACUGCCUGAGAAAUUUGGAUCACACGUGGCAUACGAUACAAGGUUGAAGACUACUAUUCAAAGUGGGUUGUAUAACGAGAGGUCAUUUUGGAUACCAGUUUACUUGAAGGAUGUAUUCUGGGCUAGUAUGAGCACUACACGGCAGUCUGAGAGCAUGAAUGCAUUUUGUGACGGGUUUGUGCAUUCCGUCAUGACACUAAAGGAAUUUGUCCAUCAGUUUGACAAUGCUUUAAGGAAGAAGGUGAAGGUGGAGACGACUGCUGAUUUCCAUUCUUGCAACCAAAUGAUACGAUGUGUGUCCUCAUUCAAGAUUGAGAAGCAGUUUCAAUCAUUGUACACGAAUGCAAAAUUUAAAGAGGUCCAACGAGAGGUUUGGGGGAUGAUUAUGUGUAACCCUGCACUCGUUAGUACACAAGGUUGCAUUUCCACAUUUGAUGUUUUCAAAGAAAUUUCCACCUCCGAUGAACAUGUAAAAAUUGUCAAGUUUUCAGUUUAUUAUAAUGAAGAUGAGUGCGAAGUUAAAUGCACAUGUGCCCUAUUUGAGAUGAGAGGGAUUGUUUAUAAGCAUGCAUUUAGAGUCUGCUGGAUGAAGUACAUCCAUGAGCUGCCAGAGAAAUAUGUAUUGGAUUGA